CGAACCGGUAAAAUCACAACACAACAACAACAACACAGCAAACAUCCAUAAACAGAACGCAUGUACGCCUGGGGUGCCAACAGCCAUGCCCAGCUGGGACUGGGCUACGCGACGGAACAAUGUGAAUCCCCGCAACCAUUGACCGGUGUGCCGUUUCGUGCCGUCGAUAUAGAAUGUGUCGCUGCCGGUGGUGGCCACACGCUUGUAGCGACGGUCGACGGGAGAUUGUAUGCUUGCGGAUGGAACAACCGAGGCCAGCUUGGUUUGGGACACGCGAAUGACUGUGUCCGGUUCGAGCCCGUCGGUGAGUUCGGGUUCAAGCGACUGUUCGCAGGCUGGGACACAUCGGCAGGGAUACGCGCAUCCGGAGACCUGUACGUAUGGGGAUCGAAUGUGUGGCAGCAGAUAGGACAAGCAGGGGUUAAAAGUAUCCCUACACCCACACGGAUUGAGCUACCAGAAAGUGGACCUGUGGCGAAAGUUACAUUCGGUUUACAGUACAUGGCGGUGCUGAUGGAGAGCGGAAAGGUUUGGGUGUUGGGAAAAUGUAAGUUCCUAGCCGAUUACCCACUGGAAGUUGCAUCGAAGCUAGCGAUUCGAUGUCUCUGGGAUAGAAGCUCGGUCCGGGAUGCGGUCAGUGGAGACAAUCAUUUGGUGCUGCUAGUUGGCGACCGUCGAAUUGAAUGCCUUGGCGACAACAAACAUGGCCAAUGGUUGGCUGACAAUAGCAUAUCGGAAGACGUUACAAAGCUUGAAUCUGGAUGGACCCACUCGGGAUGUAUGACCGUGAAUGGAACCGUGCAUUUGUGGGGUAGAAACAAUUACGGACAGCUUGGACGACCGGCACCGACUAGCAGUUGCUCAGCUCCACAAAAGCUUCAACUAGAAACGGAACAAAUGGAGCUGAAAGAUUUUAGUUUGGGAUCCCAGCACGGUGUAGCACUGACACACGCUGGUCGUGUGUACUGUUGGGGCUGGAACGAGCAUGGCAACUGUGGCACGGGAAGCACAGCGAAUGUAUUGGUUCCUACCCCGAUCGACAUCCCUGUGCCGGUGAGGAAGGUGAUCUGUGGUGCUGGUUAUACGAUGGCAUUCACCUAACACACAUCAUUCAUCUCGCAAUGCAAUCGUUUCCAUCACCCGCUAGUGCCAUCGACCCAUUUAUUAACGGGCUGUAAACGGCAAAGAAGUGGCAAUAAAAACGGGCACCAUUGGAAAAAUGCCAAAAUAACCCACAAUUAACACGCUUACGGCGAAGGAAAGCAAGGAGCACAAUAGCAACAUGAUCCCAAUGAAUUGUUCCCUUUCUGUGCCUUAAUAGCCCCUGAAACGCCCCUGUUUCUUGAACGAACACCACACCCCGUGCCCACAUUACCGUUUUAUGGUUCAACCGUCCGUGUGUUUGGCGAAUUUUGGAGGAAACGGUGAGCACACACUCGCACACACACAAUAGGCAAAAGAAAAGCCAAUAUAGCAAAUAUUUGGAGAUUUGUUGAUCACUACCACACGGGCUGGUGUAUAUAUUAGGGGUAAUAAUAUUUGAAAAAAACAGAUGAUGCCAAUUUUUCAGAAAAAGCACAACAACGGGCACGCCCCCCAAAAUUUGACCUGGAGGAAGGCUUGUGCAUUUUCUUUCAUUUUACCUUGCUGGUAAAACUAAAAGUUAGCUAACUCCUUUUUCCGUUUUUCGCCUAGAAUGUACCCACUGGAAGAAGCUGGAUGGUUCUGUACCUUGCUGGCUACCCGUUAGAAGGUGCUAGAAGUAGGCCUUGGAAUUUUUGCAUACUCCACGCAGUAACAGGUAGCGCGUACCUCUAGGGGUCACCGUGACGGGUAGGGUGUGCGAAGCGUGUUUUAAAUGCCAGUGUCACGGUGCAGA